AUGGCUGAGUGCGAGGGGAAAGUAGCGGACACAAGUGAUAACGCGGACUCUGUCGGAGGGAAGGUUAUCGGAGAGACUGAUGAUCGUGGGAGGCUAUGUGAGCCGUGUUUUGAGGAAGGAGCCGAGGUCCCCGCGGCCAAGUUUUGUGUUGAGUGUGAGGACUAUUUGUGUGAGGCAUGCGUGCAAUAUCAUCGAAAGUCCAAACCGUCUAAAACACAUGAACUGAUUGAUAGCGAUGAUAGAGUUCAAGGUUCCAGGAAAAAGCAGGGAAGAGAUAUAUUUAUCUGUUCGAUUCACCAGGGAGAAAUAACUCUUUAUUGUACAAAACAUGAUAAACUGUGUUGUUCGAUGUGCGUUAGCGGAGUUCAUAUGAUGUGUGGAGACAGUAUUUGCAAGGUUGGUGAUGUAGCUGAGAGAGAAGAAGAGAAGAAGGAAAUUAAAACAGUGGAGGAAUAG